AAGGUCAAAGUGUAUGAAAGGAGGAAGCGACGCAACUAGCUUGCGAUUCAGGUGAAGCCGUGGAUGUAACCGCCGGAGGGAGCGACAGCGCGUAGCUUAAAGACAAUGAAUCAUACAGAUACAUGACCGGGCUUCGUACCUUCUCCGACGAUGCUGUGUUUGGGUGUAAAUGUCGUGAGGUCGUCGGUGUCUUUACAGAAGCUGUGUAUCCUCUCCCUCCUGCACAUGAGACAUCGUUUCUAUCGUUGCCCUCGGCAAACAUGCAGGAGAGGUCUAUACAUGGGGACCGUUCGCAGCCUCUCCACUGGACCACAUUCGCCUCCUCCUCCCACACCAACUGACUCCCCUGAGUGCACUGAACCAGGACCCAGCCGCAGUACCUCUGCUUGGUCUCCUGACCAGGGUCCGCCGCCUGCUCCCACACACUGCUGCAUGAGUGGCUGUCAUAACUGUGUGUGGAUCGAACACGCAGAGCAGCUGUUGGCGUACUACAACGACGGAGGCGACCGGGCGCUCGCCGCUGUUGAGGAGAACAUCCUCGACGAGAACCUUAAAACCUACUUAAAGAUGGAGAUUAGACUCUUGAAAAGACAGGACUGAUGCAUUUUCUGCCAGUGGCCUGGACCACAGUGUUGACAGACUGAGUGUAAGCACUUUAUAGCGCACCCCAGGCUCCGAUUUUUACCUGCACACUUUCACCUCCACCUCCUUUGGGUCACACAGUUCACGUCUGCAGAAUAUUUCAGAAAAUUGACAGGAGCUACCAGGUCUGGCAGGGGAAAAGCCAAGGUAACUGUCGAGUCCAGGAGUCCACCUGCACUUCCCGAUGAACAGAAUAAUCCAGCUGUAGAAGAUGAUAGAGUAUGACUGUGACUGACCGCUCCUGGUUCUAGACUUCUGUUUAAUGGUGUCUGGCGUUCCCAGCCCUGAGCAAUUCACUUUAUAAGUACAACAUGAUUAUUACUAAAGAAUGGGAGAUGAUGCUGAAGCUCAGAAGCUUGCUUAACUCCUGUGAAGUCCCUGUCUCAACACAGCGCGUUGGAGCUUGCUUGAGAGUAAGAACACCAUGUGACAGAUGAAGUCCGAAGCUUCAGACACAGUGGUGCUUCAGAAAGAGCUUCAUUCAGUUUGACAGUUUGGAAGGUUUUUCAGCUAAACUGUGGGAUCUAGUGUGACAGACACUGGUGGGAUAAGAAAAGAGGAGAAUAAUUGAGAAACAGUGAGGCUGCUUUAAGUUUUGAAAAUAACCAGAUGUCGCUGUACCUGCUUGGUUUAAAGCCCCAAAGUUACGAAUCUUUUUUCUGCACAAAUAGAGAGAGAGCUCCAAAGCUUCAAAAGGCUACCUUCACCCAUCAUUUAUUAUUACUGAUCGGAAUACUGCCGAAAAAAAGAGAAAUCCGACCUGUGUUGUUUGAGGCUGAAAUUCAUCCUGAAGCUUCAGCUUAAAAUGUAACAAACAAACCCAACCUGUUUCACUCUUUUUGCAGCUGAUAAGAAAAUUAAAAUGACAGCUCGUGUCUUUGGGAGUUGUUAGAAAAUUCAUUUAGUUUUAUUCAUACUUUUCUUUACUUUUAACUCUCUGAACCGUUGCGCUGUAUAAGUCGCUGUUUCAUUGUCAUGUUUCCUUUAGUCAUGAAGCACAUUUGGAAUUUGAUCGAUUUAUCGGUUUGUUUGAAGUUUGAACUGAAGUGUUAAAAGUAUAUUGCUGUGUGUUGACUGGUUAUUUGCUUCAUUGUAUUUGAGAAUAUAUUUAAAUUAUGUCUUGGAAAUUAAGUAUUAAUUAAUGAAAUGUUUAUUCUAAGAA